AUGACCCGCAGUAAACAUUAUGGCCAACAACAAAUGUACUACCAACAGCCAAUGUAUGGCCCACCAGCGCAACCUGUAUACAUUCAACAAGCGCCGCCAAACAAUGACUCUUGUUGUGGUACUUGCUGUAAAGUACUAAUGUGCUGCUGUCUCUACCAAUUAGUGAUGGACUGUCUUACUUAUUAA